AUGGCGGUCGGCAAGAACAAGCGCAUUUCCAAGGGCAAGAAGGGCGGCAAGAAGAAGGCCGUGGACCCCUUCAGCAAGAAGGACUGGUACGAUGUGAAGGCGCCCUCCAUGUUCGUGGUCCGCAACGUCGGCAAGACGCUGGUGACGCGCACGCAGGGCACCAAGAUCGCCUCCGACGGCCUCAAGGGGCGCGUGUUUGAGACCUCCCUGGCCGACCUGCAGAAGCAGCUGGGGCUGUGGCUGUGGCAGCGGCUUCUGCGGCCACAGCUGGGGCUGCUGGGGGCUGCGGCUGCGUUGGGCGGUGCUUCCUCGUUUGGAGGCCUCGCCGCGAACGAGGAGGACGCGUACCGCAAGAUGAAGCUGCGCGUGGAGGACGUCCAGGGCCGCAACUGCCUCACGCAGUUCUGGGGCAUGGACUACACCACCGACAAGCUGCGCGCCAUGGUGCGCAAGUGGCAGUCGCUCAUCGAGGCCCACGUGGACGUCAAGACCACCGACGGCUACACGCUGCGCAUGUUCGCCAUCGCCUUCACCAAGAAGCGCCCCGGCCAGAUCAAGCGCACCGCAUACGCCAAGAGCGCGCAGCGCGAGGCCACCUGA